AUGGCCGAGUUCGCUGCUGUCGGAGUCGCAGCCAGCAUUUUGCAGGUGAUCGACUUUGGCACUCGCUUCAUUGCUACCGCCUGGCAGCUCAAUAAUUCCGAGCACGCUUUUAUCACGAGUCUCGACGACCUACGUAAAACGUCGAAAAACUUUAGAGAUGCUCAGCGCACUCUGCAGAGCACCAAUCCGGGACCGAGCACAGCGAUAGACUCGCUGGUGCAGAAAAGUAUUGUGAUCUCGGAAGAAAUGACGAAUUCGAUGGAUAAGAUUGGUCGUGGAAGGAGCACUUUGAAGAAGGCCUGGCUAGCACUUUGGAAGGAGGAAAAGCUCAAGACCCUCGAAGUAAGGUUGAGAGAUGUGCAGCUGGAUUUGACGUUUCACAUGACAGUCGACCUCAGGUCGGUCGUGCGGGACAGCGCGGAAAAACAGGAUCAAAUACUAAGAGAGCUUCGCAAGUCAGGCUCAAAGAACUCGAAAGAGGAGGCGGAAAGCUCAGUUGACUCGACAUUAGGCUAUGGAGCUUCGAUAGUCGAGUGUUUGACUGACGGCCUUCAGCUUCAUGAUAAGAUCAAGUCAGAGCUAAUUGGCGAUUUGGUUGCCAAUAUAUACAGCUUCGAGGGGGAGUAUUCGGGCAUUUCCGAUGCCUCUCACAUCCAGCUACCAGAUGAAAGGAGGACUAAACUGGAGCAACUAUUCAUCUCCAGACUCUGCUACGACACUAUGCAAGAGAGGGAAUUGACCAUCAAAGAUGCCCACGAGGGCACAUUUCGCUGGGUCUUUGAAGAUAACGGUAUCACCGGCUUCAAGGACUGGCUCGAAUCCGAUGAAACACUUUACUGGAUUACUGGGAAGCCAGGAUCGGGCAAGUCUACUUUAAUGAGAUAUCUACUUCAACCUGUCGAUCAAAAACAAUACGGCAACAAUGGAUCAGCCACAGGGUCCAUGGACCCAGAGAGAGCAGUUCUCCAUCAUGGCAGAUGCGAGCAACAUCUAAAACAAUGGGCAGGAAAUGAUAAUAAGCUCACAGUCGUCUCCUUUCACUUUUGGGCCGUGGGAUCAAAGCUACAAAGGUCCAAAGAGGGUCUCCUCCGGACACUACUUGUACAACUUCUCCGUGCCCAUCCAGAAGUCAUUCCCGUGGUUGCUCCGUUGCGGUGGGAAUCUCUGUGCCUGUUCAACCUUGAUCCCAAGAGCUUCAGCCAGAUCGAGCUGGGCGAUAUGUUUCAACGAGCAAUUGUCUAUAUCAGUACUCAUGCCAAGCUUGCCAUGUUUAUCGAUGGCUUGGAUGAGUUUGACGGCAACUGCUAUGAUCUCAUUUCACUUGUGCAGAGCUGCGUGGAAUCUCCCAUCAAGAUAUGCGUCUCCAGCCGUCCUUGGGUAGAGUUUGAGGGGGCCUUUGGGGAUUGUUCUAGGCUUAAAAUGGAGGAUUUGACUCACCAGGAUAUCUCGGAUUACGUCUUGGCGAAAUUUGAAGCCGAUGCUCAGUUCAAAGGUCUACAGCGAAGGCAAGCCCGUGUCGCCAAGGAGCUCAUUGAAUCCAUCGUUAAGAAGUCCAGUGGCGUGUUCUUAUGGGUCACCAUCGUUGUAGCUUCCCUCCUGGCGGGCAUAGGAGCAGGCGAUCGUGUUGAAGAUCUCCAGAAGCGGCUUGGUCUACUUCCGGCAGAAAUCAAGAACCUUUACGAAAGGAUACUUGAGAAUAUUGAUCCUGGAUACCGUGAGCAUACUGCCCAGCUCCUCAAGCUGAUGGCGGCAUUUAAGAGGUCGCCUUCGCCACUAUUGUUUUGGUACGCAGAUGAGGUGGAUUUUAUGGACCGAGCGAUCAAAGGAGAAUCCGGCAACUUAUCGCGUGAUGAGGCAUCGGAACGGGUAGAAGACAUUCGUCGUCGCCUUAACAGCCGAUGCAAAGGCUUACUGGAAGUCCACAACGGCACAAUCCCGGGCUUUGCAUUCCCAUUUAGUUCGCGUUUUGGAGGCACUGUUGAUUAUCUACACAAGACGGUGUACGAGUUUGUCUGUAGCCGCAGAACUCAACGAAGGCUUCGGAAGUAUCUCAAACAGCCAUAUGAUGCCAACCUCAGAAUCGCGGCGGCGUAUGGUGCCUUGACUAAGAGUGCAGCCAACUGGGAUGGCAAAAAACUCAAAGCCAGAUCCAGAGACGUUGACCCUCAAAGGAGUCAUUUGACUACAAAUCUCAUUGCCUGUUUGGAUCAUGCCUCUGCUGUACAUUCCGAUUCAAGUAAACCAGUUGUACGAUUGUUGGACCACCUGACCAGCGCCACGAAUCUCAUGCUUCCCGAUAUAUGGCAACUGGUAAGUGACAGCAGGCCUUGCAUAAACCACGAUGCCCCAAACAACCACUGGACGGGCCACUUGAGCUCUUUUGACGGCUUCAGUGGUCUGGGACCCAGCGAAAGGAUGCUAUGCUUGGCAACUUCAAUGUCGGUGGUAGAGUAUGUUAGGGCAAGAGCAAAGCCACGAGGCUAUGUUGUCAGACUAGACGCAACGGCUAGUCGGCCGCAAAAGGGGUUAACCCAGCUAGCCGGGCGGAUGAUAUAUAAAUUGCUCGGCUACAACAGGGUUCCCCUUCUCUCUCUUGUUUGCUUCUCCGGACGCGACAGCGCACCGAUAAUUGAACACUUGCUCAGUAAAGGAGCAAGGCCAAACGCAAAAUUUUCGAGUACUGGUGGUAUCACUAUAAAGCGAUUGACGCCCUGGGAAGAAAUCUUGGCACAGGCUUUCCGAUAUUGUGCUGCAUAUGAGGAAGACAACAAGCAUAAAGACAAUGUGCUGAGAUGUGUGCGUCAGAUGGUGGACGCGGGGGCCAAGGUCAAUCUCAAAACAGUCAAAACAGCAAAGAAGCUUGCUUCAUUAAAUGUCGACGAGGAAGAGGCGUACCAAUGCCUUAAGCGCAUGAAGUCAGAUCCGGAUGCUCGGCUUGAGGUUGUGGUGAAGGAAUACUCAAACGCGAGUUCAUAUUACACACCAACGACGGUCUCCUCCUAUACCGCGUCAUUAUCAUCAGUCUCAGGUUAG